CGCUGCCUCACGUAAUAGAAUAUCACCGCCUCACGUAAUAAAGUAUGACUGCCUCACGUUAUAGAGUAAGACUGCCUCACGUUAUAGAGUACGACUGCAUUAUUUACACCGUCGCCUUCGUCUUAACCUCUUUAGUAAUCGUUUUCUAAGUUUCCAUCAUUUUGUUAUUUUAAAUUUAUAGGAUUGGAAGUACAUGAACUUAGUAAAUGUGUUAUUUAACCGGUUUUUUUUUUCUUUAGUAUUAAGCUAAAUAUGCGAUAUGUUGCCGAGGACCCACCAGUCAGUACUGGUGCCGAGGGCCCACCAGUCAGUACUGGUGCCGAGGGCCCACGAGUGAGUGUUGGUGCCGAGGGCCCACUAGUCAGUGUUGGUGCCGAGGGCCCACCAGUCAGUGUUGGUGCCGAGGGCCCACCAGUCAGUACUGGUGCCGAGGGCCCACCAGUGAGUGUUGGUGCCGAGGGCCCACCAACAAAGAUAAAACCUUCAUUUUGUGACACUAACGAAACAUGAACGCUUUUUCCUCCAGCUCGAUAACAGCAAAGCCUGGAGUGUUUCUUCUAUUAUGACCCUUCUCACACUGGUAGCGUGACUCAGGCAGGCUGGACUGUGAGUCAGGGCAGGCACUUAGAAGUUACUUGGGCCCGGGGGGGGGGGUAGUCUGCUGUAAAUCUUUCACAAUUUAUCCACCUCUUAUCAGGAAUCCGGCACUGGGUACUGGUGUACCGUAUUUAUUUAUUAAACACUGAUUUUGCGUAGGGCAUUAAGGUAAGCACAAUUUAAAUCUACACUAUGCAUACAUUUCAGUAAGUUGAGUUUAUUAUGCAGUUAUUUUUACAAAAAGUCGGCAAAGUUUUACUAAUACAGGUAAUUUAAAAAACAAAACGUCUUUCUUCGUGACAGUGAUAGCGUUACUUUCUAAGUAAGUGAUAGCGUCCUGAAACAUAACAAUAACAGGCCAGCAGUCACAACGUCUGCCACAUAACGUGUUCUGUGUCCCAUUCUGACCUGCCUGCCAUUGCCAUGUCCACCUGCCAACCCCCUGGAUUUAAAGGUCGCGACGCUUUGGUGACUCUUCGUGUUGAACAAUGGUUUUGUGUUGCACGGAAAACCCUACACGUUUGCCCGUUGUCGGGAUACAUAGUAGUGGAUGUGUGUGACCCAGUCUGUUUGUUGGUUAAUGUUUUGUCCUAGUUAAUUUAACAAUGAUGGUGUAUUAUUGUUUUUUUUUUUUAUAUAUGCCCCUGGUAAUGUCAACCUAGGAUAGUUAUUCAUGACGGUGGUAAUUGUUCAUUAAAUUACCUUUGUCUUUUCAGUUGUACGUGAGACUGAAUGGCUGGGAUGACUCCAUAUUUUCAAAUAAAUUUAAUGUUAGUUUUUGUUUUAUUAUUAUUAUUUUUUUUCUUCACAAUUUAUAAAUAGCUGUACAAUUUUUAAAAAGGACAAUUUGCUUCAUGAUUCAAUGUUAUGUGAAUAGAUCAAAUAAAAAAUGUGAAC